AUGGGAGCUGAGGGCGGCGAAGGCACAGGCGAGGGCGCGGCCCAAGGCGCCCCGCCGGUCGAAGGUGGCGAGGUGGAGGAGCUCUUCGCGUUGCCACUCUUCCGGAAGCCUGCUUUCCCCGGGUUCUACCACCUGGUUCAGAUCACGUCACCACAGAUUUACGAGUUCAUUGCCAACUUACAGGCUUCUGGCCAGGGCCACUAUGUUGCUGGAUUCAUGACGACGGAGCUGCCCGCCGAGUUUGCGGAUGCGCCGCAGAGCGAGACGGCAGCGCCUUUGGUCUCGCUGCCCCCGGAUUCACAGCCGCCUGCGGAGAAGAAGCCUCUACGGAAAGACGCCGGCAAGGUGGACAGCGUGGAUGAGCUGGUGGAGGUCGGCACAAAGCUGCAGGUCGUCUCUUUGAUCAGCCAGUCCCCCAACUCGCCUGGUGGCAGCCUCCUCGUCAUGCCGACAGGGAGAAUUCGCAGAGUCGGGGUUGCCGCACAAGAGGGACCAUCUCUCGGUCCCCUCUUCAAGUUGGAGACGGUUGCAUUGCCCAAUCAGGUGGUUCCAAGUGCGUCCGAUGCCAAGCUUAGCAUGGAAAUUCGCGCACUCCACUCCGAGAUGGUUGCGACGAUGAAGGAGCUGCUCAAGAUGCCCUUCGUGAACAAGGAGCAGUUCGAGCAGGUGAUCAGGUAUUACAACCUGGACGAUCCGUUGAAGCUGGCGGACCUUGCGGCGGGAAUGUCCAGCGCACCCAGACAAGACCUCCAGGAGGUCUUGACAUGCGAGGAUCCCACGGAGAGGCUCCGGAAGGUGCUUCUGAUCUUAAAGAAGGACCUUGAGAGCACGCGUCUGCAGAGCCAGUUUCGGACACAGAUCGAGGAUAAGUUUGCAAAGGAGAACAAGAAGUUCAUCCUGAUGCAACAGCUCCGCUACAUCAAGCGCGAGUUGAAUCUUGAACGGGAUGACAAGCAGUCGAUCAUUGCUGCCUUUAAGGAGUGUAUCAAGAAUUUAGGCGACAAGGUCCCUGAGGAGGCUGCCAAGGUGAUGGACCAGGAGCUAAGCAAGCUCGGCACCCUUGAGCCGCAAUCCGCAGAGUUCAAUGUUUCAAGAACUUACCUCGAGUGGCUUACCGCUCUUCCUUGGGGAAAGUUCAGCGAGGACAACACUGACAUUGAGAAGGCUGAAAAGAUCCUGAAUGAGGAUCACUACAGCCUGGAGGAUGUCAAGGAGCGAAUCCUAGAACACAUGGCCGUGAGCUUCCUUAAAGGCUCUGUGCAUGGAAAGAUCAUGUGUUUGGUUGGGCCGCCCGGAGUUGGCAAGACUUCUAUCGGCAAGAGCAUAGCCCGUGCUUUGGACAGGCAGUUUUUCCGCUUCUCCGUUGGCGGGUUGCACGAUGUGUCCGAGAUUCGUGGCCAUCGGCGAACAUAUGUUGGUGCUAUGCCGGGAAAAAUCAUACAAGCUCUGAAAAUCAAGCAAGUCUCGAAUCCCGUCAUACUCGUGGAUGAAGUCGACAAGUUGGGUCGUGACUUCCGUGGAGAUCCUUCUUCGGCGCUGCUCGAGGUUCUAGAUCCCGAGCAGAACUCCGCGUUCAGGGACUUGUACCUGGACGUGCCUAUAGACCUUUCGAAAGUGCUCUUCAUCUGUACUGCAAACGUUACGGACACGAUUCCAGGUCCUCUUCUAGACCGUAUGGAGGUCAUCAAGCUGGCCGGUUACGUUUAUGAAGAGAAGCUAGCAAUUGCCAACCAGUACUUGAUCCCUCAAACCAUCGCCACCAACGGCGUUCCCGAAGAUCUCAUGGAGCUGCAGCCAGAGGCUCUUGCGGAGCUCAUCCGCGAUUACGCACGUGAAUCAGGCGUGCGCGAGCUGCGAAAGCUUUUAGAAAAAAUCACGCGGAAAGUGGCCCUGAGCCUUGUUCGUGUGGAGCAAGAAGCGCGUGAGCGCUCCAUCAUCUCGACAGAGAACUUGCGAAAAUUCGUCGGUCAACCGCCGCAUUCUUCGGAGCGGCUUUUCAUCCACACCCCGAGUGGUGUCGCCAUGGGUUUAGCCUGGACAGCAUUGGGGGGCCAAACGCUUUUUGUGGAGGCCCGCGGUCGCGUGCCUGAAAGCACGGACAGCAUGGCAGAGGAUAGCCCAUCUCUGGAUGUAACAGCAGCAGCUGACAGCACCAGCGAUACGCCAUCAUCUAGCUCUAAGAGCCCGCGGCCGCAGAAUGCGGGACCGCGCAUGAAGGUGACCGGAAAGCUGGGAAAGGUGAUGGGCGAGUCCAGUGAGAUCGCUCUCACCUAUGCACGGAUCUUCCUGCGUGAGCUUGAACCAAAGAAUGAGUUCCUAGACCACGCACACAUCCACAUGAACAUGCCAGAGGGUGCCAUUCCAAAGGAUGGGCCAUCUGCCGGAGUAACAAUGACAUCAGCUUUGCUUAGCAUGGCUCUGGAUCGGCCGGUGAAGCACGACAUGGCCAUGACCGGCGAGGUCACAUUGACAGGCAAGGUGCUCCGUGUCGGCGGCAUCAAAGAGAAGACCCUGGCCGCCAGAAGAGAGAAUGUGGACAGGCUUGUCUUCCCCAUGUCGAAUCAGGCAGACUACCUAGAGCUGAAGCCGUACCUUCGAGCAGGGCUGACAGCACACUUCGUCGAUCACUACGACGAUGUGUACCGACUUGCCUUCGAGGACGCGGGCGCACCGAUGCCGGGCGGCUCCAGGGGUAGCGAGGUGGUGACUGUGGUCACUCCCUUGGAGGAAGCGCAACUGCCGAUUUUCAUGACUGGCGCGAGUGGUGAGUCUGCCACCACCAGUGCUCAGGUGCAAUGA